CUGAGGACAUUUCAGAGUUGCACAAAUGCCAACACUGAAUUCAGAAACAAUGCUCUGCCCAACCUCUGCCUGUUAGGAAACCAAAAGCAGCAGGAGGGAGAAACGAAACCGAAAGCAGACGGCACGUUUACUGGGAAUCUUCUGUUUUCUGCGUUUCACGUUCUGUACACACAUUCUCCCGAGCUCGCAGCUUUAUUCUGCACCAUGGACCAGGAGAAGAAAACCAUCGACUGUUUCAGAAACCGACUGAAGCAGCUGAUUCGGGUCGCCCCUGUUCUGGAUAUGAUACACUUCCUGAGCGAUGAGCAAAAGGAGCAGAUAAAAGCCAAACUACAGAAUGAAGGAGAAAUAAAGGCUGCUGAUCUUCUCCUCCAGGAAAUUAUAAGUAAAACCUAUCCAGAAGGUUGGUUCAGGGAGCUCUUAACUGCACUGGAAAGGGUCGGGUGUAAACAAGCAGCCAACUAUAUGGAGAACAAUCCUCCCAGUCCGUCCUUGGAGGCUGAGAAUGACACCUACACCAGGCUGAUAGACCUGCUGAGCCUCACACUCAUCAACAUGAAGACCCCUGAUGUGUGUCACAAGUGUUAUGAGCUCCAUAUUCUGACCGCCGAGGAUCGGGAGACUAUUUUAGCAGUGACAAGACAGUCUGGCAACAUGGCUGGAGCUCGCGUGCUGUUGUCUCAGCUGCCGAAGAAUGAGUUUGGCUGGUUCUCUCAGUUCCUGGAUGCUUUAAAGAUGACAGAACACACGCGGUUGGUGCAGGAAUUACAGGGCGAACCUGAUGGGCCCAGUGAGUCAUCUGCUGAUGUUGACAAACCAUCUCUAAAGGAUGAGAGUGAAUUGGCUACACAGACUGAAACAAAGAUGGGGGAAGCGAUUUUGGGUAGCCCUUCUUCCAGAUCUGUCUCUUCCUCUCCCAAUUUGGCAUCUGACUCCUCUCAGGUUUCAGUCUUAUCCACUUCUUGCCUUGAUGCUACAGCUCUUGACAGCAGUAUGGACAGCAGUAUGGACAGCAGUGGCUUAAGCUCAUUUGCUGAGCUUAGCACUGGAGGCACAGAUUUGGACCUGUAUGAAGGCAAUGAUGAGGAAAUAAGAGAGCAAACAACAGAGAGUUUGGAUCAAUCAGGGAAUCUCAGAUCCCCCGAGUACCCCCGUAGUUCGAACGAUUUGGACCUGUAUGAAGGCAAUGAUGAGGAAAUAAGAGAGCAAACAACAGAGAGUUUGGAUCAAUCAGUGAACGAGAAAGAGAUUGUGCUGCGUGAUUAUCAGAUGGAUGUUGCUCAGCCAGCUCUAGAGGAAAAGAACAUUAUCAUCUGUCUCCCGACAGGAAGUGGUAAAACCCGAGUUGCUGUGUAUAUCACCAAACAGCAUCUGGAGAGCAGAAAGCUAAAAGGACAACCAGCAAAAGUUGUUGUUCUCGUGAACAAGGUGCCCCUGGUGGAGCAGCACUACAAAGCAGAGUUUGGGAAGUUUCUGAAGCACCAGUACUCUGUUGAGAGAGUGAGCGGAGACUCACAGCUCAAAAUCUCCUUCCCACAAGUUGUUGAGAAGAAUGACAUCAUCAUCUGCACUGCACAAAUCCUAGAAAACUCUUUAGCCAAAGCCAAACAGGGUGACGAGGACGGGAUCACGUUAUCACAAUUUACUUUGAUGGUAAUUGAUGAGUGCCACCACACACAAAAGGGCGGUGUUUAUAACCACAUCAUGAUCCGCUACCUGAAACAGAAGCACAAGAAUGCUAAGCUGAGAAAAGAGCAGAAAGAUCCGGUGCCACUGCCACAGAUCCUCGGCCUCACUGCUUCACCUGGAGUUGGAGGAGCUAAGACUCAACAGAAAGCUGAGGAGCACAUUCUCAGAAUUUGUGCUAACUUGGACGCCUACACAAUAAAGACCAAAACUCGCGGAGAAGAACCCAAGGGUCCAUACAAACGUAUCGCGAGUGCUCAGGAAAGAAAGGAGGAUCCCUUUGGAGAUGUGAUAAAAGGAAUCAUGAAUGAGAUUCACACACAUGCCAAACUGAACCCACUAUGCCAGCCAGGCACACAGAAUUAUGAGCAGUGGGUGGUACAAAAAGAGCAGAAUGCUGCUAAAGAAGACAAUCAGACAGUGCGGGUUUGUGCAGAGCAUCUGCGUCAGUACAACGAGGCUCUCUACCAGAGCAACACCAUCCGCAUGCGUGAUGCUUUCAGCUUCCUCGACAAGUACUACAAUGAAGAGCUCAAGAAGAAAUUUACCCCUGAUGAUGAGGACACCAUUCAGAUCACUGACACGGAACGAUUUCUCUUCAAAUUAUUUAAAGCUAAAAAAGAGCAUCUUCAGGAGCUGAUGAAAAACCCACAGUAUGAAAAUAAUAGUCUAGCUCAGCUGAGGACACUCAUCUUGGAGGAAUACACCACCAGAACUGAAGCCAGAGGAAUUAUCUUCACCAAGACUCGCCUCAGUGCCAUAGCUCUUAGCCAGUGGAUUCAUGAAAACCCAAAGUUUGAGGACGCUGGUGUCAGAGCAAGCCACUUGAUUGGUGGUGGAGAUCAGAGUGUGGUCAAACCAAUGACAGCAGCAGAGCAGAGGGAUGUGCUGAACAAGUUUCGUGAAGGAGUGAUCAAUCUGCUGAUAGCCACCACUGUGGCAGAGGAGGGCCUUGAUAUUAAGCAGUGUAAUGUCGUCAUCCGAUACUGUUUGGUAACCAACGAAAUUGCUAUGAUUCAGGCUCGAGGCAGAGGAAGAGCAGAAGACAGCAGUUACACAGUGGUGGAGGAGUCCGGAUCAGGCGUAGCAGAAAGGGAAAGUGUGAAUGAAUACAGGGAGAAAAUGAUGAGCAGAGCUAUCACCAGGGUGUGCAAUCUGAGCCAUGAAGAGUAUGAAAAGAAAAUAAAAGAGAACCAGCUGCAGGCUAUCAUGGAGCAGCGUGUGAAGAUGAAAAAGAAGGAUAAGAUGGGCAUGAUGAAGGAGGACCCCAGCAAAGUGAAGCUAACCUGCAGGAGGUGUGAUGUAUCUGUGUGCUCUGGAGAAGACAUUGAGAUCAUUGAGAAGAUGCAUCAUGUCAACGUGACUGAAGCAUUCAGAAAGCUGUUCACUGUCAAAGAGAACAUGGCCCUGCAGGAGAGACUACUGGACUAUGAGGCAAAUGGAAUUAUAGCAUGUAAAAAAUGUGGACAGCAUUGGGGCUCUCUGAUGCUUUAUAAAAGCAUUGAAUGUCCAUGCCUCCACAUCAAAAACUUUGUGGUGACGUACAAUUCAAAGAAUAAGGUAUUCAGAAAGUGGAAUGAGCUGCCCAUCAGGUUCCCUGCGUUUGACUACGCUAACCAUGUCGUUACACAAAACUCAGACGACGAUACAGAGACGGACUAAAUCAGCGUAAAAAAGCAAAACAGUGCUCAUCUCACUUUACUUACUGACAGCUAGUUGUGAACAGACUGGACUGUACAUUGUGCCAAUGAAAUAAUGAUUGUCAUAAAAAUAUGAAAGUUUGUUAUCGCUGCAUUCACACCAUGAAAAACUUUACACAUCUGGUUAGUAAUCAGUGAUUCUCCAUAUUGCACACGUUGCUGAAAGGGAGGCACAGGAGGCUCAAAGAUUCUCAUAGACAGUGUUGUCAUCUCUUUUAGUUGCUCUAAAAAUAUUUUACAUUUUAAUGAUGAUCAAUUUACUAAUUAACACAAUUUUAUGGCUGUUUUGACUGCUUCCAUGAGAGUGAUGACUUUUUUUUUCUUGACAAGUGCCAUUCAUGGAUGUUCCUGCACUGUAAGCAACAGCUUACUAUUAUUUAUUUUCUUGGUGUCAUAGAAACAAAUACUGGUUCCUGUUGUUCCCUGUAAAUCCCUGAAAGAAUGUUAUAUUAUUACAGUUCAAGUAUGAUUAUGCUGGACAGAAUUUAUCAAAUGAAUUGUGCAGGUUCAUUCAAAAAUAAAA